CGCUGUUUACGUUCCAGCCAUGACUCGCUUCAGGGCACGCUGGUGGCGCGCCGCACAGGAAUGCAGAGCUAGACUCUUCUCGUUUCCAGCCUUUAUCUAGAAGGACGGCUUGCGUGCGAGUGACCCUCUUUCCAUCCCUCGACUAUGUGCCGCUUCGUGAUCUACAAGGGCACCUCGCCCGUCCAGCUAUCUCAUCUCCUCACACGACCAUGCCACUCCAUCAUCAACCAGGCAUUCGACUCGCGCUUGCGGCUCGACCAUCGGAGACCCAUGAACGGAGACGGCUUCGGCGUCGGCUGGUAUGACUGCCAGGCCGACGACGAGCUCGGACACCAACCCUGCAUCUUCACCUCCGUCACACCCGCAUGGAACAACGUCAACCUCCAGCGUCUCGCGGAGAAGAUCAAGUCUCCCCUCGUCUUUGGUCACGUUAGGGCGACGACCGCCGGCUCGCUAUCUCUGGACAACUGCCACCCGUUCACACAUGGGAAGCUCAUGUGGAUGCACAACGGCGGCAUCGCCGACUUCCCGCGCAUCAAGCGCAGGUUGCAGACUGAGCUCCCGGACGUAGCGUUCAACAUGGUGCAGGGCAACACCGACUCGGAGUGGGCCUUCGCCGUCUUCCUCUCCAAGCUCCCCGACCCGAACGCGAAGUCGUUCAAGACGGCCGAACUGCGUCAGGCCAUGACCGAGACCAUCGCGCACAUCAACCGAUUAACAGAGGAGGCUGGCAGCACCGAACCGAGCCUGAUGAACUUCUGCGUAACCGAUGGCGAGAGCGUUAUCGCUACGCGAUACGUAUCGUCGCGGACUGACGAGGCCGCUUCGUUGUGGUUCUCUUCGGGUACAACUUUUAGCGAAUACGCCGAUGGUGGACACUACAAGAUGGCCAAGGAGGACAAGCGGGAAAACAUCAUCAUGGUCGCCAGCGAGCCUCUGACCUUCGAACGAGCCGACUGGAUGGAAAUCAAGACGAACAACAUGAUUGUCAUCACGCCGAAGAUGAAUGUCCUGCAGAUCCCCAUCAUCGACAAGUACUACGUGCAGCCCUCUCACCCGGACGCGGCGCUCAGGAACUCGGACUUUGCGCAGGAGAAGGGGUAUCUCAACCCGCAUCAGUCUGCGCAAGCCGUUGCUGUCCACUGAUGAGGGUGAUUUUUGUUGCUUGAGGGUUGUGCACGGGUGCUCCUGGAUCUUACCGUAUAUCUUGCUGUCUUGCUUAGUGUUAGCUCUGUAGUCUAAUCGCGCUAUAAUGUCUGCUAUGAAAUAGUUGCAAUGCUUUUUGCUGUAUCCCUGA